GCCAUCAUAUCGGCCCAUGAAAAAGCUUGGGAGAUAUAGGGCUUCGUCCAGUUGUCUUGUCUCCAUCACUGUGUUUCGCAUUCCCGUUCGUUCGUUCUGGCUUUUUCUCCACUCUCCAGUUAAUUGCAUUCCCUUGGCAAAAUUGAUGCUUGGGUUUUCUCAUCAGGGCCUUGCAUGAUGUCAAUUUUGGAGGUAUCUUAAUCCCGGUUGGAAAAAUUGCGAAAGAAGAUGGGUUCUGCUCCAAAAAACUCUAUGUCUAUGUUUUGCCUAAAAUGGCCGUGGGAGAUUAACCAAAAGCAUGAAAGUCCUAAUGUCUGUACCUUUGAGGGUCCGUGGCUGUUCAGAUCCUUGCGAACUCUUGGAUCCAUUGCUUUCUCAUCCUUUAACUCAGGGUCGUCUUCUUAUUUGUGGAUGGAUGCUUUUAACCCCAUCAACUUGAUAGGUGGAACAAAUAAAACUUUGAAGUCACGUAAAAAUAUAUUAACUCCCGAAAAGCAAGGGGAAGCAGAGCCUAGGGCAUUUGCAUCUGCAUUGGCCAGUCAAAAGGAGGCUACAGUGAUUGAGUUCUAUUCUCCCAAAUGCAGGUUGUGUAAUUCCCUACUAAAUUUUGUCUUGGAGGUAGAGGGUAGGAACUCAGGCUGGCUCAACAUUGUCAUGGCAGAUGCAGAGAAUGAAAAGUGGCUGCCUGAGCUCCUCCAUUAUGACAUUAGAUAUGUUCCCUGCUUUGUAUUGCUGGACAAAAAGGGGAGGGCAUUGGCAAAGACUGGUGUUCCUAGCAGUCGCCUGCAUGUGGUAGCGGGUCUCUCUCAUCUUCUCAAAAUGAAAAAUCCCAAGAAUAAUAAUUGCUAGAUUACGGUCAGUCCAAGCAGGAGAUGACUUCUCUCGUUAGUUUGACACAUUACUCCUUUGCAAUCUUCUUGUUGGCACAUCGUUUGCAGGAAAAUUGUUGGAGGAAGAAGAUUUAAAUCAACGUAGAUCUCUUGGUGUAGACAUGACAUCAUCCUCAUUUCUUAAGAAUUGCAUCAUUUCUGGGGUGAAGCUCUGGAUCGGCAAAUGAAUAGCAGAUGUUGAAGAACAAUAUGGGUAAUGUUGCACAUAGACUGAUUCUAAUGUCUUUAGCUGUUUACGAAUUCUAUUAAUGUCUUGUGAAAUCCAUCACUGUCUUCUUC